ACCACUAACAGUGCUUCGACCUUCCUAACUUUGUUCAGAUGUCCUAAUGUCAUUACUAUGCACAUAGCACACAUCAUGGCUAGUCAACAUACCCUCAUUGGAUUACUCCUAUUUCUAUCGGUGGAUUGGACUUUAUCUGUCAUUCCAGAGAAUGAGAAGCACCCCAGCUACUGGAACAACAAGGGGAAGCAGGCCCUCCACAAAGCUCUGGAUAUGAAGCCAAAUGUCCGCCGGGCUAAGAACUCCAUUCUGUUCCUGGGAGAUGGUAUGGGCAUCCCCACAGUGACUGCAGCGAGGAUCCUCAAAGGGCAGAUGAAUGGAGGGAACGGAGAGGAGUUUAGUCUGGCAAUGGACACCUUCCCACAUUUAGCCCUGUCUAAGACGUACAACGUGGACCAGCAGAUGCCUGAUAGUGCCGGCACGGCCACGGCCUACCUGUGUGGUGUGAAGGCCAACUAUGGAACUCUGGGUCUCAGUGCCUCAGCUCUCCGCUACAACUGCAACAGCACCUUCGGAAACGAGGUGGAAUCUGUCCUUCACCGCGCCAAGAUGGCAGGGAAGUCGGUGGGCAUCGUCUCUACUGCCCGUGUGCAACACGCCUCUCCUGGAGCCGCCUACUCCCACACAGCCAACCGGGGCUGGUACGCCGACUCUGACAUGAACGUCGCAGACAUCACAGCAGGAUGCCGUGACAUCGCCUACCAGCUGGUCCACAACACUGACAUCAAUGUCAUUCUUGGUGGAGGACGAAAAUAUAUGUUUUCCAAUGAGACACAGGACCCAGAGUACCCAUCGUACAAAGGAGUCCGUAACGACAAGUUUGACCUCACUGCAGUGUGGCUUAAUAACAAACAGAAUGCAAAGUAUGUGUGGAACAAAGAUGAAUUUGACAAAGUGAAUCCCGAAAAAACAGACUAUCUGAUGGGUCUGUUUGAGCCAAGUGACUGCCGCUAUGAGCUAGAGCGUGACCAUASCUUGGACCCUUCCCUCACUGAGAUGGUGGACAAAGCCAUCAAGAUCCUCCGCAGGAACCCCAAAGGCUUCUACCUCUUUGUGGAAGGGGGGAGAAUUGAUCACGGUCACCAUAGCAGCGGGGCCAAAUUUGCCCUGACGGAGGCGGUGGAGUUUGACAAUGCCAUCGAGCGGGCGGCAGAACUGACCAGUGAGCUGGACACUCUGUCUGUGGUCACUGCUGACCACUCCCACGUCUUCUCCUUUGGAGGGCACUCCAACAGAGGGAACCCCGUCUUAGGUCUGUCCCGUAACUUGGCUGACGAUAAAAAGAGCUUUACCACCACACUCUAUGGAAAUGGACCAGGAUACAAGUUAGUCAAUGGAUCUCGUGCAGAUGUGAACACAACGGAAGCAGAUCACAAAGAUUACAAGCAGCAGUCAGCUGUACCUCUGGACUCUGAGACCCACGGCUCAGAGGACGUGGCCAUCUUUGCCAAGGGCCCCAUGGCCCACCUCUUCCACGGGGUCCAGGAGCAGAGCUACAUUGCCCACGUCAUGGCCUACGCAGCCUGCAUUGAGCCCUACACAGAAUGCUUCAUCCCAGACCUAGAGCCAGAGCCUGGCCACACAGGAGCCACCAACCCCAGCCUCAUAGUGCUGCUGAUGGGCCUCAUACCUGCCCUCCUCUCCCUCUGA